UCUCCAUAUAACAACCGAAAAGUUUCUAACUACAGCCCAACAGAAUUUAGACUACAAUUAGCGCAAUAUACAAAGAAUGACUGGUCAAAAUAUACUAGAGAUAUAACGGAUUUUUCCAUAUCGGAUAAAUGUGAGGACUCGGGAUUACGAGUGAAUGGUAAAGGCAAGAAAAUGCGUAAACCACGUACCAUCUAUAGUUCACUGCAAUUGCAACAAUUAAAUCGUCGUUUCCAGCGUACACAAUACUUGGCCUUGCCAGAACGUGCUGAAUUAGCAGCGAGUCUGGGCUUAACACAAACCCAGGUUAAAAUCUGGUUUCAAAAUCGUCGCUCAAAGUACAAAAAAAUGAUGAAAGCCGCCCAGGGUCCUGGUCAAGGUAGUGGCAUGCCCUUGGGCAGUGGUGGUCCAAAUCCUGGUCAACAUAGUCCCAAUCAAAAUAUGCAUAGUGGCGGUAAUAACGGUGGCGGUUCAAAUAGUGGCUCACCAUCACAUUAUCUACCUCCCGGACAUAGUCCGACGCCUUCAAGUACGCCUGUAUCUGAAUUAUCACCCGAAUUUCCACCAACGGGAUUAAGUCCGCCAACGCAAGCGCCAUGGGAUCAAAAACCACAUUGGAUUGAUCAUAAACCACCGCAAAUGACACCACAACCACCUCAUCCAGCAGCGUCACAUCCGCAAACACAUCAUCAUAAUCCACCACCACAAAUGGGCGGUUAUGUACCUCAAUACUGGUAUCAGCCAGAAACAAAUCCAUCGUUAUUAACGUAGGGUAUGGCCAGCGGUUUAACAAACACCUCCUUCUACUCUAACCACAACAACCUUUUACCAAACCGAUCCUAUAGAUAAUUCUAUGCAUAUAUAUUAAUUAAAUUUUAAUUAAAAAAUUACAAAAAAACAACACAAACACAAAAGUUAAACUAAAGUAAUUUAAAAAAAGUGUAAUUUUAAAAUAAUUAUUUUUUGUUUGUUUUUUUUUUAGGA